GGCAAGCAAACAAGGAAAAAAGUCUCGUCAAAAACUCUUCAGCCCUUGAUUUCUCUCUCUCAUUCGAAUUUGCCCCCGCCCUUUCUUUCCAUAGCACUAGAAACCCUAGCACAGCAGCACGCACAGCGCCAGCCCUCCUUCCGAUUGACGCUGGCUAGAUCGCUCUUUUAGAUCGCACACAAAAUUCAACCCUCAUUUUCUCAAAUCCUUGUCGCUCUGAGUCUCAAAAUCUAUUCCCAUAACCAGCUAACAUUUUAUAGCUGGGAAGUUGGAAACCCAAGAUGGUGAAGCUAACAAUGAUUGCUCGUGUUACCGACGGUCUCCCUCUGGCAGAGGGAUUGGAUGAUGGUCGUGAUAUUAAGGAUGCGGAAUUCUACAAACAGCAAGUCAAGGCUUUGUUUAAGAACCUGUCAAGAGGCCAAAAUGAGGCUUCAAGGAUGUCAGUUGAAACUGGACCUUAUGUUUUCCAUUAUAUAAUAGAAGGGCGUGUUUGUUAUUUGACCAUGUGUGACCGCGCGUAUCCAAAGAAACUUGCAUUCCAAUACCUUGAGGACCUCAAGAAUGAAUUUGAGCGUGUUAACGUGGCACAAAUUGAAACUGCAGCUAGACCAUAUGCUUUCAUUAAGUUUGAUACAUUCAUACAGAAAACAAAGAAAUUGUACCAGGACACCCGUACUCAGCGGAAUAUUGCAAAGUUAAAUGAUGAGCUUUAUGAAGUCCACCAAGUAAUGACUCGAAACGUGCAGGAAGUUCUUGGCGUUGGUGAAAAGUUGGACCAGGUCAGUCAGAUGUCCAGCCGCUUAACAUCAGAAUCACGCAUAUAUGCUGAUAAGGCGAGAGAUCUAAAUCGACAGGCUUUCAUUCGGAAGUGGGCGCCGGUUGCCAUUGUUCUCGGAGUUGUCUUCCUCCUCUUCUGGGUCAAGACCAAGCUCUGGUGAUUAAACUGCUUUAACGUUGUUUUGGAAAUUAUGUGAUUUUCACUGGGCUUCUUGUCGCCGAGGAUUGCUUCCUGGCGUACUUGUCCCGGUCGGGAAGACUUGCGGAGUUCAGAUUUGGUGCUUUGAGCCUCGUGAAGAAUUAUAUGAUGUUACAAACUCUCGUCUUAGUUGAUGGCUUAAUUUGUUGGGAUAACUUGUCACUGAAUUACGAGAGAGAUCCUUUGUUAUCAGAUUAAGAACUCAUCUUACCGUACUAUGAUACUAUAAUUACUAUUGAAAAUGAAUAGAAUUUUAUAGUUUUGA